UGCCAGUUAUUAUGUCGUUUGUCAGUACCUUUGUAAUAAGAAAAGAAAAUCAGUUGUUUUCUUAUUAAAGUUUACUUUUUUCCAGAAUAUAAUUUAAAACAUUCUCAAAACUUGAUUUAUUUGAAUAAAACCAUUCGGAGAUGACUUCAGAAUAAAAUGUUCGAAGUAAAAAUAUUCAAACUUGAUUCAAUUAACUAUCUUCUUGUUGAACCUGCUGUGAAAUGAAAAAUUCUUAUCGGGAAAAUAUUAUUUGUCAAAUUUGAAAGUUUUAAUAUUCAAAUCUGAAGGAUAUACAUUUUAAAAUGAAAAUUAUCUGAUAAAACCCCAGGCACAUAAUGGAUAAUUUCGAACAAAUCGCUAAUGAAGAUGAAAGAGACCAAAGUAUCGGUUACUUCUUGAGAUCGAAACGAAGAAAACUUGAAAACGAUAGAGAAGAAGUUAAGUAUUGCGAAAGUGUUCUACCAGAAAGACAGCGAAAAAAAAAAGCUCCCAUUCUUGACUUGCCUACGGAAGUACUAAGUCACAUACUGAAGUUCAUAUCGUAUCAAGAUCUUGGCUAUAACGUAAGACUUGUGAGUCGUCGAUUCAAAGAGGUGACCGAAGAUUUGAUGGGAGUAACUUUCAAAAUGCUCGAAAAAAAAAUUAAGGGGUUCCUGAAAUUCACCCUUGAAGCAGUUCAGGUAGCUGAAGGAGAUUCCGAGAUCAAGUGCUAUUGCCGUCUGAUUAAUAUGUUGGAAAUACUGAAUUUUCAGCAAAAUGUUGUUAUGUCGACCAUUUGGAGAUACGCUUACAACAACAGGUACGAGACGCACAAGAGCAGUAUGUACGCAGGUCUUCUGAUAGACACCUACGAGCAAUUUUUAUGGAAAUUUGCACAUAUGCCCGAUCAACUCUACGCCCCUGUUCUAGGAAGGGAUUACGCCAUGCCAGCAGAGGUAACUGCCAUCAUACAGAUGACAAAGUCUUUUUGUCUCCAUUUCGAGAAAACGAACGAGGAGAUGGUCAACAAUAGCCUCAUGGUCAGUGGUGCCAAGCUGUUGGAUCUUUUGGAUAGUGCUUCUUUUGCACAAAAGGACGUUAUAUAUGAAAACGUGGAAGGAAACAUCUUCAAAGCAAGGUAUAACUAUUUCUUCAACAACUCCUGGUUCGUGGCCCUGAACAUCAGUACGGAGAAGCAGAUGACGUGGAAGCAGCGCCAGAGGAUGAUGCACAUGAGGAUACGGAGGAUACUGCUGGCCCACACGGAGAUGUUCAUGCAGCAGUACCAGUACGAGAGGGAGGUUAUGCUGAGGAAAUCGGACGAUGAGGUGGUGAAGCUGAAGAGGCCCAGCAACAACGUUUACACCGGUUACGGGGACAUCCAGGACAAGUUCUUUUACUAUGGCGUGAUGAACGAUGGGGCGUACGUGCAGAAAUUCCACCCGGAGGAUCAGUUGAACGACGACGACAUCGAAGAUCUGCUGGAGGAGGAUCCGGAAGAAAUGGCGGGCAACCGUAACGGGUCCGAAGACUCGAGGACCGUGCAAGUGCCUUACCUGGGCACCCACGUCGACGUCAAGAUUUCCUGCCCCCUGUCUCACGCCCCCAUGAGGUACUUGGACGUUAACUACCCCCUCGACUCCAGCGAGUUGACGGUGAAGAGGUGCCAGUUCGAGAACGGGAAAUUUUCGCUGAAACUCAAGUUUCACUGUCCUGGUGCCAAGUAUCCGCGUUUGCCGACCACAUAUUUAUAUAAAUUCAAACAUACUUAACGAAGAAUUUUCGAUUUUAUUUA